GUAGAAAAUUAAAUAUAAAAAUACCAAGUCGCUUCCAAUGGUCAGUGGAAGUGUUGUGACAUCUUCCACUUGCAAGAGAACCAAAUGGCAAAUUAUCACUAUUAUGUUGUUCUGUUUCAGCUUCUCUCUCUCUCUUUAUUUUUUCAAAUUCUUAUGUUGAUUAUUUGGCACCACAAGUUCAUAAGAUGUGAACUGCACUGCUUUUCUUAUUCUUACAAUUUUCUGCAUGGUUGCUCCCUGUCCCAACUUUAUUUUUACUAUAUAUACCCCCGGAAGGAUAGUAAAGAAGAGCAACAAUAAUUUGCAGUAGUUCUUGCCACAUCAAUUUUCAAUCAAAGACAUGGAAGAGAAACUUCGCUUGGCAGUAGGCAUUAUGGGGAAUGCAACGUCUCUGCUACUUUAUGCUGCACCAAUAUUAACUUUCUCACGGGUGAUAAAAAAGAGAAGCACUGAAGAGUUUUCAUGCGUGCCAUAUAUCUUAGCCCUGUUGAACUGUUUCCUUUACACUUGGUACGGCUUGCCAGUUGUAAGCUACAAGUGGGAAAACUUUCCGGUGGUCACCAUUAAUGGAUUAGGGAUUCUUCUGGAGAUCUCCUUCAUACUGAUAUAUUUCUACUUUGCUCCAGCUAAUGGAAAGAAGAAGGUGGCCAUGUUAACUAUACCUGUUCUCCUGGUGUCCUGCCUUGUUGCAAUAUUAUCAGCAUUUGUAUUUCAUGAUCAUCAUCAUCGCAAGGCAUUUGUUGGAAGCGUCGGACUGGUAGCAUCUGUAGCAAUGUAUGGUUCUCCACUGGUGGUUGUGAAACAAGUGAUACAGACCAAGAGCGUGGAAUUUAUGCCAUUCUACUUGUCAUUUUUCUCGUUUCUUGCUAGUUCACUUUGGAUGGCUUAUGGACUUCUCAGCCAUGAUCUUUUUCUAGCGUCCCCAAACCUGGUCGGCAGCCCUCUAGGAAUCCUUCAGCUUGUGCUGUACUGUAUGUACAGAAAAAAGAGAACUACUGAACAACCUCAGAAAUGGGAUCUGGAAAUCAAUUGUGAGAAACCAAUACAACACCUGAAGCUGAACGAAGAAAAUGAAGAGAAACCAGUGCAGUAUCUAAAGGUGAAUGAAGAAAAUGAUGACGAGAAAACAAAACAGCAGUUGCAGCUGGUGGUCACUGAUACAACAAAUGGAAAAAGUUGAAGAACUUCAUGGAGAAGGUUGAAUGCACGAACAAUAUAUGCUAUAGAGAAAGAGAUAGAUGCAGAAACUUACCUCAUUUUGCCUCAACAUACAACAAACAGUUGGGGGGUGGAAGAGAAACUACAGUAUCUACAUGAAAUUAUACCAAGAUUGUACCUCGUAGUUUGUUAAAUCACAACAAGAGCUGUUCAUCUUUUUGCAAUAAAAUCAUCUUCAACUUCAAAAGCA